GGAGAGAUGAGUUUUCGCUCCGCCACCAGCCAGCCCAGCAUGUUUGCAAUGGUACUGCACCUGCCUGCUCUGCGCAGAAAGAUGUAGCCAUGCCGACAGUCCAUCCCAAAAAGGCCUAGCAAAAUUACCGGUUCUGGUUGCAAUAUUAGUCGGGACGGGAGGUACUGAUCUCUAUAAAAAACGACAUUGUGUCACUCUUGUUGGCUUGCUGAGGCAGCUCUGGCGUUGCUUCGUUCACCUCAACGACUCCUUGAGAGUUACACCCACAGGUCCGGGGCCAUCUUGUAUGGUCGGAACAUAGUGAGCACCACGCACCUCGCACCACGCACCACGCACCACGCACCACCACCUGUACUAGGUUACCUAAAGCCUGCCUGGAGGUACUCCAAUAUGGCAACCCAUUCCGCCAUCCAACUGUCUAGUGACCUCAAGACGUUCGCAAAUGACGACAAGACGAGAUGCGAUGGUAUUGUCAUCGAUAACAAAAAAGGAGACACGGUCCGACAAUACAUCCCCAACAGCGAGCUGGUCGAGUUCUGGACCCCGGGUCGAGUCGAAGAAGCCUGCAACAUACUUGGAAUCGACUUGCCCAUUCAGACGGUCCGCGAGCACCACUUGCGCCUCCUCUCCACCCUCCUACUGACUGCGGAUAACCAUUGCACGCAUGUCAAGGAAAGACUCGAUGACUUUCGUCGCCAAGGAAUUGUAGACGUCAAGCUCCCCUUGAGCAGAGACGUCGUCGGUUCCAUCUUCUCGGACGCACCAAAAGAUGCCGAUGCAUUCUACAGCAACCAGUUCCUUUUCUCCCCAGCCAACAUGGACACAAACCUAUGGGAUCUGCCGCUGGGGCCAGAGUUGAUACUGCCUCUCAAGUUCAUUGGACAGCUGCAGGACGGCGGAUUAUCCUCUCAAAGCGUCUCCAAGUAUGCACGAUACGAGGGUUCGAAGCCCAGUGAGAGCGACUUUGUCGUAAUCAAGAUCUUCCCACCACAUGCUCUGAGAGCCACAUUUCGCGACGAGGUACAGCUCUAUCGUGAGCUUCAAGACGACGGCACAACCACCAGAGACUACAAGAGGCCUUCUGAGUACUUCCUCUCGUGCUACGGUACUUUUCAACAGAAUGGAUUCGGGGCCAUCGUACUCGAGUACGCAAAUGGAGGCAGCCUCCUUGACUACUUUCGGAAAACAACGCCCCCACAAAACAGAGAUGGCCUCUGCCAGUUCUACAACGCACUGCUCGACUUGCCAAGGGCCGUCUUCACCCUCUCAAAUGUUGGGAGCUCGGGCUACACCCACCAAGACAUCAAACCGGGCAACAUCUUUGUCUUUUGCGACACCGCCGGCUCCGGUACCCCCAAGAUCCGGCUCAAGCUUGGAGACUUUGGCAUGAGCAGCAAGCUCAUCGUCGGCCCCGAUUCGGAACCCUACAGUCACGACAACCAGGCCACCUUGGCGUACAGCGCUCCCGAGCUCAUGGUGCAGGACGUGCGCCUCCGAGACCGCACCCAGCGAGUCUCGCAGCCAGCAGAGAUAUGGGCUGUGGGCUGCGUCAUGAUCGAGUCGCUCACGUGGGCUGUCCGUGGGGAGGCAGCCCGCGGGGCGUUCGCGUGGAAGAGGCAUGACGAGAUCGCCGCGCGCCGCCAGUUUAUGAGCGAAAUAGGCUAUGCGUUUGCCUUUCACGACGGACAAACCAUACUCGACGCGGUCAAGACGGCCGCUUUGGAGAUUUCAAAGUCCGUCUGCGAGUACGACAAGUAUACGAAGCGGAUCGUCGACCUUUUGACGACAGAUGUGCUUCGUCCUACACCUCGAAAGGCGGGCGACUACAUUUCGGGAACGCUGCAGGAUGUUUUGGACGGCAAGGCCGUGCGUAUCAAGAAGAGGAGCGUGAGUAAUGGCGCUCGUUCACCCAUCAAGACGGCCACGCUUGAGCCACCAGCCCAAGGUAGCAAGCGCACAAGAUCCUCCUGGGAGGCGCCGCCGCCGCAUGGGAAUGCCCACCACCCAUGCAAGCAUCACCAUCUUAACUCGUAUGCGCCAGCAGCAUGGCCAGGUGGACGCGGCACCGAGCUUGCGACUGCGGCUGACGGUGGCGCCGUACACGAUGCAUCAAGGCCCAGCACGGUUGGGUCCGGUUCGGUGGCUUUGGCCGACUGCCCGCAUCCCGACAUCACUGCCGAGUCGCUGUACAAUUACCACAAAGGUGGAAAGAUGCCCGAUCAGCAGGGCAAGAUGCGCAGUUUUCUGAACGACGUCAAUUUCUUCAACGGCCGCGAUCAGAUACUGGUCAUCGACGACUCUGGCAGCAUGGCGCUGCACAAACUGGAGGUGGAGAAAGUCGUGAUAGCAAUCACCUACGCCGUCAAGAGGGCGGACCCGGACGGCAUUGAGCUUUACUUCACUUCUAAUCCGACCACAGGUUACCGGGUUACCAGCGUGAAAUCCGCAAAGGCUGUCCUGAGGAAAUGGGAAGGAAAAGCAGACUACAGCAACCGAAUGGCUGCGACGCUGAAGCGCGUGCUCGACCGAGUGACGGAAAAGGCCCAGCCGGAUCAAGCCAGCAAGAGCCCCUGGAAGGCUUUGCCGCUGGCAAAGACCCAGAAGCCGGCGGGGGCUAGCGUGUUAGUCCUGACAAACGGCGUGUGGGGGGCCAGUCCUGUCGGAGGCCUACCGUCAGCCCCGGGAGACGGCCGCCUGCUCCGCGGCGGCCAAUCUCCGUCGGGCAACCAGGCAAGAGACUGGGGUCUGUGCGGCGUGGACGACUGCAUCCGAAACUUUUUCAGCAGCUCGCCAGAGAUGGCAGAGCGCAGAGGUCUGCUGUACGCAACGGUUCAGUUCAUCUCCUUUGGGAACAGCGUCGACGGGCUGGAGCGGCUCAAGUACCUCGACGACUGCCUGGGCCUGAAACACGACAUGGUCGACACAAAGUCCCACAAGGCUCCGCUCUGGUCGAUACUGAUGGGCUCACUCGACCCUGACAUCGAUUCCUGGCCUGCUCGUGGAAACGCUAAGUUUAGAAUGCAUGGGUAAAGGGUAGUUGGGGAUAUCCAGUUUUGUCACGUUUUCGGUGUUUGGUUAAUGUCUUUUUUUUCCUCUUCUUUUUGUUAUAGGCCUAAUUCUCUGUUGCUGUGUUCUGCAUACCAUCAUCUUCUUCCUCUCACAUUUACACUCCGUUAUGCAACCUAAUUAUUUUGUGAGACAGCCGCACUUUUUUACACGAUACCUGCCAGAUUCUGGCCCAUGGAGCUUUUAUCGAGUUAAUAUUUUAGAACUAGAAUCUAGCCUUGGACUUUAAAUGAGCAUCAUAGUAUCCCCAA